UCUCUCAUGAUUGUCGUCCGUGUCGUUGCCAAGGGCCGAUUCUGUUUCGAUCAGAGCAGGCCACAUUGUGCCAGAAGAACAUUGAAGCCGGAAGACACGCGCGAAGAGAAUAGCAGUCAGUUUCCAGCUUCAACACCUGUCCAUUAUUCGAGUACCCGGGAGUGUGCAAGUGAGCAAGUGCGACGUGUUGGACGCCUGCUGAGGACGGGUGGCGACGUCGGGAAAGUUGUGUGGGACCGAAACCGAAGUCUUCUUCGAUCUAAGGGGGAUAGGUUGGUGUAUUACUUUUAAAAAUAGUUAGUGACAGUUCGGAAGGAAUCCUGCAGCGUGAAGGCUUGGAGAAACGCCAGUCCAGUCCGACAGUAGUGGUGUUACGUCAUACUCGGGCGUCACGUUUCUGUCGUGGAACGCCGCGUUAGUUUUAUUGUGAGUGUGCGCAACAUCUGUACCAGCGGCGGCAGUAAAAGCAGCAGCAUCAGCAAACUCACCACCACCACCACCAGAACCACAGCAAAAUGUCUACCGUCGACAAGGAGGAGUUGGUCCAGAAGGCUAAACUGGCCGAACAAUCGGAACGAUAUGACGACAUGGCACAAGCGAUGAAAUCAGUGACAGAAACCGGAGUAGAACUAUCAAACGAAGAACGAAACCUGCUAUCUGUCGCCUACAAGAACGUCGUCGGUGCGCGAAGAUCGUCCUGGCGAGUAAUAUCGUCGAUUGAACAGAAAACCGAAUCCUCUGCCCGCAAACAGCAACUAGCCCGGGAGUACCGAGAACGAGUCGAAAAGGAACUUAGGGAAAUCUGCUACGAAGUAUUGGGCCUGCUGGACAAAUUCUUGAUCCCCAAAGCCAGUAAUCCAGAAAGUAAGGUGUUUUACCUCAAAAUGAAGGGAGAUUACUACAGAUACCUAGCCGAGGUAGCCACAGGAGAAACCCGCAACACCGUAGUAGACGACUCGCAGGCCGCGUACCAGGAUGCCUUUGAAAUUAGUAAAGGCAAAAUGCAGCCAACACAUCCCAUCCGGUUGGGUCUCGCGCUCAAUUUCUCAGUCUUCUACUACGAGAUCCUAAACUCUCCCGACAAAGCCUGCCAGCUGGCGAAACAGGCGUUCGAUGACGCGAUUGCCGAACUGGACACCCUGAACGAGGAUUCCUACAAAGACUCCACCCUGAUCAUGCAAUUGCUGAGGGAUAACCUUACCCUGUGGACCUCGGACACCCAAGGCGACGGUGACGAACCACAGGAGGGUGGCGAUAAUUAACCAAACUAAAAUUAAUGAAAAAAAAAAACAAAAAAACACACACUUAAAUAUAAUAGAAAUUCCUUUUGACUAAUUAAUUAAAAAACAAAAGAAGAAACAGAAAAACACACACAACAAGACAAAGAGCAAGACGAGAAAGAGCAGUGGAAAAAUUAAGCAAAAAGGGAAACAAAAUCAUUUCUUGAGGAAAUUGCUAAGAAAUCAACACACACUUUCUUUGUGGAGUUUAACCAACGCUCUCGUCAAUCUCGGGCCAAUCGCAGCCGGAGAAAAUCAGAACCUCGGGCGACGAGAGCGACUAGAAAGGAAAGAGAGAGAAACAAAAUACAUGUUUGUAUGUAUGUUCUAUUUAUCCCCCCUUCCCGAUAAUUGUUUCCAUUUGGGAAACAGCCCGAAAAAUUAUGAAACAAAGCUUCGUUAAUAUAAAUAGUUUCACUUCACAGAAAAAAAAUGAAAGAAUUGUUAUUUUUUGUUUUUGUUUAACGAAACUAGAGAAAAAAAAAAACAGGCAGCGAAAGAUUUUUAAAAAAUCGCUUGUAAUUUGUAAUUACGCAUCAAAACUACAGCAAAUCAUACAACAAAUACAGAGUCAAACAGAACAACACGGUACACGAACACACGAGCAUUUUUUGUUUCUGUUUGACAGCACUCUCAUGGCUCAGCCUUUUUUGUGGGCACGAGAGAGGGCAGGCAUUCGUGCAACCAGCAGCAAGUGACAUUUAUGGAUUUUUCGUUUUUGUGUCGAUGGAAGAAUCGGGAAGAAGGCGGUUUCUUCCGCGGAUUGGUUUCAUUUUCUCUUUGAAAUUUUUCGGCUUUCACACGAUGUUUACUCAACUAAAAAAUCGUUUAUUCCAAGAAACGUGAAAAAAAGAAAAUCAUAAAAAAGAAACCGAAUUGUAUUAUUCUAUGCCUCUGUGUCCCCUCUAAUACGAAGAAUUAAGACAAAACAAACAAACCGCUAAUCAGUGGAAGGAGAUAAAACUAAAAAAUGGUAAAAUCAACACUUCUAUAAAUGUACACAUCCCAAUUGAAGUUUUUGUGAUUCACACUCUGGACGCGCCACGUGAAAUCGCUUUUUUGGACCAGCGACCGUGUGCGAUCCGCGUAAAAACCAAUUUCCACAGUCAAAUCCUUUUUACAACCAAAUGUAACAAAUCAAUUGUAAGAAGAAACAAUCUCUUUAACUGUUAUUUGCAAAACCAUUUAAAAGCAGCAAGCAGCAAUGUCUUUUUACGCAUUCAAUCACUUACGCGACAAAAGAGAAUCCAAUUGAAAAGGAAGAACAAACAACAACUACAACAACAAACAACAUCUAACGUAAUUCGUCGACGAACACCGGCAAGACGAAACCCAACAUCUCGAAGCAGAGCAGCGCCAUCGCUCUGCCCUUAAUAACAACAUCAUAUGGAAAUUAUUACUCUGAAAAAUUAAAAAAAAAAAGAAAAGAGGAAGAACAAAACGCGCAUAAACAAAAGAAAAAGUUUUUACUAGAAAAAAAAAGUAUCCAUCCUUCUUGCACUGAACGAGGAGGGCUGGACGAAACAGCGAGCAAGCAGCCGAAAGAACAAAAGAAUGCUAGCGCUACAUAUUCUGUGAAGAAUUGUAACCUGGAAUAUUUUUUAAUUUAUGGCGUUCACAAAAAUACUCACGAUUUUUCAUGUAUUAUAACAACAACAAAGUAUGGAAAAAAAA